AUGCGGGGUCCGCAGAGACCACAACACAAAAUCAACAACAACAGCCACGUCCUCACUCCAGUCUAUCAAGUAGCGAAAAAGCAGUGCCUUCGCCCCGGAAUCGCGUGGGAAAGCCCGGGUGGGCUAGCAAAGUGGGCCUGCAAGGAAUGUCACCGGCGAAAGAUAAAAUGUAAUAUGACGACGAAAAGCAAGUGCACAUCAUGCACAAAGCUCAAUGUCCCAUGCUCAGUGAAUGAAUACAGGCGUCGUCGUAAUAAUGAGAGCCCCCCAUCACACUUUGCUGAGGUGACCAGGCGGAGCAAGAUUGCUCAGCUGGAAUCACAAAUUGAGCGAAUGGAACAAGUUUUCGAAGAGCUGGGUCUAGUUCCCCCGAGCGAUGAUCUGUCGCUCCAUGCCACACCAUAUGCCCAAUCUAAUGGGCCCGAAGCCAUAUCUGCGUUCCAGGCGCAGGACACCAGUACUUCUACGCGGGUUGGCAUAAACGAGUCAGAUCUCGAGAAAUCAAAUUUGGGACUAGGAGGCACUCUUAUCUCCCGUGAUGAAUUUGCGGUCUCGAAUCCGGUCUCGCCUACAUCCAUAGGCGAGAACAAUUCAUUUUUGAAGAACUUGGUAUUUCCACGCUGCACGGAGUUUGGUGGGAACGAUAGCAGGAGCGUUUCUCCAGACUCCUGCAACUGCCACCACCGCAGUGUCAGAGCAGCAUUAGGAGACAGGUUUAUAGAGGGAAAGACUACCUUAUUGUCAUGCGAAGUACCCUGUCAUUACGAAGAGCUGCAUACACUUGAUGGUUCCACCACCCGUCGCUCACCUUCCCCUCUGCCAACCAUGGCGGAGAUUAUGGUUUUGUUUCUGCAAUACUUGGAAAAUUUCAAUUCCCUUUGUCCUCUUUUUGAGCCUUUAUCUCUUCUCUCAAUAUGUGAUGGAGAUUGUGAGAUUCUUUCUACCCAGCCAGACCGCUGGGCCUGUAUCAAUGUGGUUCUGGCGCUGGCAUACAUGAUGCGCGACGAGCCACCUGGUGGAACCCACAAAAAUUCUGAAGCUGCUUGGGCAUUCAUGGAAAACUCACUACUGGUUGUUAAUGAAUUGUGUCUCGGGGAAGAGACACUGUGGGCGGCACAGGCCCUACUAGGGAUGGCAAUCUUUUUCCUGGGAGCUUUGAGCUACCGUCCGUGCAACCGAAUGAUUGCUUCUGCACUCCGGAUCAGUCACAGACUAGUGAUAGAACACCCCGAGGAUUCUUCGACAGACGGACAACGUGACUUGCAGCAGCUCCGAACGGUGUUUUGGAUUGCGUUUUGCUUGGAUAGAGAGAUUUGUCUACGAUUCGGUGGACCCUUAGGGUACUGUGAUGAAGAUAUGGAUAUAGAUUUCCUCCCGGGGCCUUUGGGGGAUGGGUGGAAUCUAUCGUCGGCGACUCAGAAGACUGGGUUCAAUAUUUUCAAGUCUUAUUGCGAACUCUCGGUCAUAAAAGGUAACAUUUACCAGCGCCUCCACUGUGGGACCGCACACCCGAUUUCGGAGCUUGCCGAUUCAGUGGCCAUGUUGGACAAAAGACUUCAGGAGUGGAAAGAGAGUGUACCAAAGGAAUAUCGGCCUGACGUUCACAACGCACCCUCGUUUCCAAAGUCCACAGGGACUCUUGUACUUCUUAGUCUUCAUUUUUCAUAUUUCAACUGCUUGAUAUCUGUCCACCGCGUGACUACAUUCCGCGACUCGAAUCUCGACCUGGAGCUCGCGAGAUCUUACAGCUCCGGCCUUCUUCCGUCUGACGUCGCUCUGAUAUCUGGAAUCUUGUGUCAGAAUGCGGCAAGGGCGUCGAUCCGGUUGAUUAAGUAUAUGCCUCAACGAUAUGCAUGUAUUCUCGGCUUUCUCCUCCACUAUCUCAUUAUAGCAUCGACCACUCUUUCGACUAGUAUCAUUCAUAAUCCACGGCUCGCAUCUCGAGCGUGGGACUUGAAACUUAUCCAUCAAGUGGAAUGUUUCAUGUCUUCCAUUGCCUUGGCUUCCCCGAAAGAUGGAUUGCAACGACUUGUCAAACACUGCGCUGAAUAUCGUGCUUUGGCCGAGUCCGCUGUUUGUUGCGGCGAUGCCACUUCGAACAACGUUCAAAAUACACAUUUGACCUGA